AGCACCACCAAAAAGCUACAGCUGUUCAGGCCUCAGGCAACAGUGAUCACCUUAAAAUACUUUAUGCCACAGCCGUCUGUUUCCUGUUUUGUAGACAGACCCCUGGCUACAUAGAAGGCACAGCUGCACAUCAUGGCUCAAAUGUCGCAUAUCUAUGCUAAUUUUGAGAAACCUUUCAAUAAUCACAACAGACGGAACAGAGAGGUUAACAGUUCAGAAUAUGUUUUUGAAAAUAUUCCGAUCCACGACCUGAAGCCAAACAACGAUGGAGCUGCACUUUCAGGUGCUGACAAAGUAAAGAGGAGGUCCUGCAAAGUUGCUGCAGUUAUCCUGCUGUGUCUUCUCCUCCUGGCUGCAGCCAUAAUUCUGGCUUUCCUAUGUUUUGAGAUCAGCCACCAAAACCUGAUUGAAGAAAAUGCUGCGUUAAAGAGGUCCAUCUUUGAUUUUGAGACCAGCCACCAAAACCUGACUGGAGAAAAUGCCGCGUUGAAGAGGACCAUCUCUGGUUUUGAGAUCAGCCACCAAAACCUGAUUGAAGAAAAUGCUGCGUUAAAGAGGUCCAUCUUUGACUUUGAGACCAGCCACCAAAACCUGACUGAAGAAAAUGCUGCGUUAAAGAGGAUCAUCUCUGAUACUGAAGCUAGAUGUAAAAACCAGGCUGAAGAGAGAGAUAAGACGGAGAGGAAGCUGAAAACACUUGGAUGGGUGCAUUUCGGCGACAGUUUGUAUUACAUUUCUUCUACCAAGAAAACCUGGCAAGAAAGUAGAAAUUACUGUAUUCAAGAAGGAGCAGACCUGAUGAUUAUCAACAGCAAAGAAGAACAGACUUUCACAAGACAAUUCAAGAAGUUCAUGUGGUUCGGACUGACGGACGCAGAGAGUGAAGGCACAUGGAAAUGGGUGGAUGGGACUCCGCUAGCAAGAAGUUUCUGGGGUUCUGGGGAGCCUAAUGGUAACACAGGUGAAAACUGUGGGGAAAUAAAAAAUCCUGAUUCUGACAACAAUUGGAAUGAUGAAGGAUGCUCCAUUUCACACUUCUGGAUCUGUGAGAAGAACUUUUCUUAACUCAGCUUUAGACAAGACAGAAAACAAGACAACAAAGAUGUAUCUCUCAUUUUCAGCUGAACAGAGGAAGAGAUGUAGUUACUUUCCUGUUGUUUUGAUGUUUCACUGUGGUCAUCCAGUAGAUUUUCACAAAAACAGCCUGAAAAUGCAAAUAUGGACAUAAACAUAAUUCUCAUCACUGCAUUGAAGGGAAAGUGGCCAACUAUUGUCACUGCUUUGAUUUUUGUUUUUUAGCCAAAAAAAAUUAUAUAUAUAUUAUACAUGUUUGAUUGCCUCUAAAUAAACGCCUGCUGUUCUGCUGUUUCCUCA